ACUUCGCAAGGACACUUGACGGAUUUAGACUCAAAGCAUGUCUUAUGAACAAGAAGGGCUCAAACGGUUGGAUGGAAGGUUUGCCAUCCGGCCGUCCAUGGGAGGAUCACAGUUGAAUUUGACGGCGGACUGUGUUGUUGAACUGGAGAAUGGGCAGACCUUCCUGGUAUUAAACCCACAGACGGCAAAGUUCCUCGGUUUCCAUUCUACUUUUCUCCCAAGGAAAAAGCGGAGGUUGAAAGAGACAUGGAUGGACUGUCACUGGGCAUGCAAGCAAUGCAGAGUAUCAACGACAAUGUCAGGGAUCUGUUCCCAGAGCAAGGGAUUGCAAGGCCAGAGCAGUAUGGGCAAGCUAAGGAUGCUCUGCCCCUGGGUGAAGUAAUUCAUCAUAAGUGAAUUCGCCCCCAACGAAAAUGAACAGAAGGUGUGGGAGGAAGAUUGACCAUUCGACAAUUGAUGCCAAGUCUACAUCCUUUUCGAGAGUUAAUAUGAUUUGGUGCGUGGUGGGCUAUUCGGCGUAUCAGGCAGAGAGAGCUUGUUAUAAUAGUCAAGAGUUGACGUCGGGGAUCCUGAAGAAUAUGUGGUCUAUCGCCCUCCUGAGAUUCCCUACAAGCAUCCUUAAUAAGAUCUGAUAAGUCUGCAAACCAGCGUCACAGGGACACUGACUACUAAACACCGCGCCAUAAGCGCUCGAUGAGCUGGACAAACUUUGCUCGGA